GCUAGACCGCCUACUCUCCCCAUCCCUCGCCGCCUCGCUUCACCCCACCUAUGGUCGCCGCUGCUCGCAUCGCCCUGCGGCCCCCACCUCUCUCUCCCUUUCUCCUCGCAACGCCGCCCCCGUUUGUCCACCAAGUCACCACGCGCCUGGGAGAUGGAUCAAGGGGCGCGCAGCAGUCCGGUCAAGACACGCUCAACGAAAGCUUCAAGAUAGCACGGGAGAUGGAAGCCCCACCAUCGGCUAGGAAUCGUUGCAUCACGUCAUCCGAUUCCUCUCCCUUCCGUUCCUUUGCUUUCGUGGUGGAUGAGAAGAAAGCGGCGAAGGGCGCAUCGGAAAAGAGAGCCUGGAGGAGGAGGCACACCAUCCUUCCUCUUGCACACGGAGUCCUCAAGCUUUCUCCUCACCUUGCUGGAAUUCCGGGUGCCAUACAUCAUCUCUGUCGGCAGGCAUGUUGCCCUUCUGCCUCGCUCGCAGUUCUUCCAAGGGCUGCCCGUCUGUGUGGUCUGGUUUGGUUUGGUGAUGCUAAUACCCCUUUUGUUAGUUCGUCACCUCCCAACCUGCUACACGAAGGGAUAAAAUUUCAUUCCCAAGCUGCUAAAUGGGGCAUAAGUGGUUUCAUCUCAGAAUAAAAAACGAGUGCUGCUGGAGUAUUAUGAUGCCUUUCUAGGCACAUGGUCUUAUUCUACGGGCUACCUGCUAUGGGAUUUGACUAAAACACACAUUUACCUUGCUUGUGGUGAGCUCUUUGGUGGGAAACGUUUGAUGAAGCCAUGUUUCCAUGUUUAGAGAAUCACAUCACAGUCGGACCUGGAACUCUGGAAGAGAAUACCUAAGGGCUAGCAGGAUCAACAAUUGAUUACAUGGUUUCUGUAAUUUUUUGUACUGAACUGAAUUUAAGCAUUUAUGUUAUAUUAUAAAGUUCAAUUUAGAAGGUAAAAACAAAAUUGUUUUGUGCUAAA